AUGUAAAAUAAUGAUCUCUCAAACUCUCUUUACUUUUCCAAUCGGUCUUAAUUUAAAUAAAGCAUUUAUCGUGGAUAUUUUAUGCUAAAGAAUACAAAUAUUAGUAUCCUUGAAACAAGAAAUAAAUUAAAAUAUGAAACCAAUAGAACAGAACUCAAUGAAUCUUUCUUCAUUUCUAACUCCUUAUAAUAAAUUCCAAAUAAAAGAGCUGAAAUUUAUGAUAAUUUAUCAUGCCUUGAAGAUUCAUAAUAAUAAAAGAUUCUUAAAAAACCUAUUAAAGGACAUUAAUGUAUAUUCAAUUAAAAACCAUCCUAUAAACUUGAAUAGAUACUACCAUAACUAUCCACUACACAAUAAGUUGUUAGUUUGAAAUUAAAGAGUCGUUAAUAGAAGGUCAAGCCUAUAGUUAAAUAAAAAAAGAUUUAGGAAUAUGUUAUUUAAUUGAGAUAUUUGAACAAGUAAUUCGAGGAAUUGUAAAAGGGUAUAAAUUUAAAUUGCCUUUAUAUUGGUACAAAUGAUCGUGAUUAAUCUAUUGAUAAAAUAGUAAUAAUGAAUUUUGAAAGUAUUUAAUAAACUAUUAUUUAAGACUUUUUGAUAUAAUCAAAGAAAAACUUUUGGGAUUUUAGAAUAGAGAUGAAAAUUUGUCCUUCCUUUCUAAGAGGCAGUAUCGUUUAAUAAUGUGAAAGCCCAUAUUGUCCAUGCACAUUAAGAAAUGAUUUAAAAAAUACUCUAAAACUGUAAAUUAAUUAUUUUAAUUUUUAAGAUUAUCUAAAACUUAUUUGAUUGUAUUCCUAUUUAGUAGUUAAGCUUUUGCUUAAGUAUGGUAAAAAUAUUUAUUUUAUAAUGGAUUUUUUAUUGAUGCCAUAUACAUUAGUAAAAAUCAAACUUAACCUUAGUAAUAACUUGGAGGAAUAAAACUUAAUUAAAUACUUAGAGACUUUAAUAGAUUUAAAAUAAAUAAAAUUCUUUAUUUUGAUUCAGUUGAUAUGAUAAAUACAUUUCCAAAUAUUUCAGCAGAAUAAUUUCAAAAUAAAUUGCCAAUUGUAGGUUGUAAUAUUGAAAUAAUCUUAUUUAUAUUCUAAUAACUGUAAAAUCCUAAAUAAUUUGAUUCGAAACUUAUAUGUGACAUUUGUGUAUCUUUUUCAAAAGAUAAUAAUAAUCGAUAUAUCACAAGUAGAAAAUCAGUUACAAUAAUACCUAUAGAUAUCACUUAUGCUUACAAUUAUUACUAUUUUAAGGAGAAAAUAUCAUAAGAUAAAUUAUAGAUUGCAAAUAAAUUAACUUUCGUUUAAGAAUAAUUAUAAUCUAAUAUUGAUAAAUAUGAUAUAAAUUAAAUUGAAGAAGAAGAAGAAAAUUCAUAAUAAAAAUGGGUUGAUUCUCUUCAUAAUAAAAUGUUAGAGUAAAUAAAAAGAGAAAAAUUCAAAGAAAAGACACCUCUACUUCAUUUUACAAUUGGUGAUCUUAUUACAAGAAAUCAAAAAUUUUAAAAAAUAUAUUUUAAUUAUCCUGAAUAAUAAUUAAUUAAAAAAUAAUCAAUGAUUAAUAAAAAGAUUGCUAGAUUGAAUUCUGAAAUGAUUGUCCAAUAAAAUAAAUUGAAAAAUUUGUUGUGCAUUAAUUGUUUUCUAUGUAUUGAAUGA